AGUAAAUUAUUAUUCUGGGACGCGCCGUUUUUAUGAACACAGUUCUGGCGACGACGCAGUAGUGUUUUGUUAUUUUGACAGGUGACAGUGACAGUUAGUACAAGUCAAGUGACAACAAGAGAGUGCAAUCAAACGAUUUGUUAUAAAAAUUAAAUAAUGUCGUUUUUUGGAAAUGCUUUAGGUGGAAAUCCUUUUUCCACUCAAGUAGGUUCGAGAAUAGAACAAGCCACAGAUGGCACAUUGGCUUCAGAAAACUGGAGCCUGAAUAUGGAAAUAUGCGAUCUAGUAAACGAAACAGAAGAUGGUCCGAGGGACGCCGUGAAAGCCAUUAGAAAGCGCCUUGCCCAAAACGCAGGAAAAAAUUACACAGUCGUUAUGUACACGUUAACCGUUUUAGAAACCUGUGUAAAGAAUUGUGGAAAGAAGUUCCACGUUUUAAUCUGCAACAAGGACUUCGUUUUAGAAUUGGUGAAGUUAAUCGGCCCUAAAAACGACCCACCUACAGCUGUCCAGGAAAAGGUAUUGAGUUUAAUUCAGUCUUGGGCAGACGCUUUCAGAAACCUGCCGGAGAUGUCCGGAGUGGUUUCUGUGUAUCAAGAUCUUCUAGCUAAAGGAAUAGAGUUUCCUGCUACAGAUCUUGAUUCUAUGGCUCCAAUUCACACUCCGCAGAGAGUAGGCAGCGUGGAGUCUGAAAUUCCUGUAGAAACUCCCGUCUCCCAACAUUCAUCACCUACUCCCCAUGUUGCUAGUCCGACUGGAUAUUUGACGGCCGAACAAAGGGCUAAAUUACAGUCUGAACUGGAUGUUGUUCAGAGUAAUAUGAAUGUUUUAGGGGAAAUGUUAAGUGAGAUGAAACCUGGACAGGAACAACCGGACGAAUUGGAAUUGUUACAAGAAUUACACGUAACUUGUCAAAGUAUGCAGGAGAGGUUGGUUGAACUAAUAAGUAAAUUAUCCAACGACGAAAUGACAGCGGAAUUAUUGCGCAUUAAUGACGAUUUAAACAAUUUGUUUCUACGAUAUAGUCGUUGGGAGAAAAACAGGGACAGCGGUAAACAUUCUGCCUCUGCAGUUUUGGCUAAAGCCAUUCCUCCUACAACAAAACCACCACUAGAGCAAGAAGACAGUCUCAUAGAUUUCGGAGACGAUUUGCCCGAACAGCUCAACAAAUUAAGUACUGGUAAUAGUGCCUCAACUCAGUUAUCCGCCAUCGAAAGUGUGAAUGCUAAAAACGCAUCGAGCAAAGGCGAUGAUGAAUUCGACAUGUUUGCUCAGUCAAGAAAUGCGUCUUAUGAAAAUUCUAAAAAUAGCGGCAGUUCAUAUAAGGAUAAUUUAGAACCGGAUCAGAUUUCGGGAGGUUUAAGCACGGUCACUCAGGGAAAACAAAACAGUCCACCAGAUCUUGAGUUUGACGAAAUGGCACAGUGGCUUGGUCAGACAACAGGGGGAGAAGAAUCGGUAACAAGUAGCGAAUUUGAGCGCUUCUUAGCCGAAAGGGCGGCAGCUGCGGAGCAGUUGCCAACUGUUACAGGUAGUACCAACAGCACCAAUUCACGAAAUAAUCCCGCAAAGGACGAAAAGAGCCUGUUUGCUUUAUAAGUUGUUUAUUUUAUUCGAAUGUAAGUAUUAUUAAGAGUUACUCCAUGAACUUUUACAUUCUUCCUUUAAAGACCAAUUUUAUUCUUUGAGUGUAUUUUUAUUUGUUGUUUAUGUGGUUCAGUAUCAAUUCGUCAUGGAGUUUUUGAGUGAAUUCUAUAUCGUUAGUCUUGAUAGAUAUUUAUACGCAAAUAUCAUUACACCUGUACUUAUAAGUACUAAUUUUAAUGUAUAUAAAAUAUAUCUUUAAUUUCAUACAAAAAUAUCAGAGUUUUGCGAUUUUUGUAAAUCUUUCAUUUUUAUGAAUGAGUGAAGAAAGUGACGUAUCAGUAAGUGGUUACAACUGUAAAUUAAAAAUGUAAAUAAAGUAAUUUAAUGAUUAUUUAAACAAUCAGUUUUUUGUAUUUAUUGAAGAGUAUCAGGUAUUUAAGUUGUUCUUUUGGCGAUAUGAAUCUCAUAGUAAUUAUAGAAUGUAGGGCAUAUUCGUAGCAUUUUUAUAAUAUUUGUAGUUGUGUACCAAAGAUUUUCUUUAAUUUUAACCAGUGUACGUUUGUGUUGUUUUUUUUCCCGUUAUAUAAACUUAAUGUUAAAAUUGAUAACAGAAAAACAUAAACGCAGGAUUCUAUAUCAAAUGCAAAACUAGUGCAAUGCAUCUCAUACGCUUGCUGCUGUAGAAUGCGAUUUAGUUGCGCGUUAUUUGGUUAAAAGGUGACCAUCAGUCCUUUAAUCAAAUAAUGUUGAUCAGCGCGCCGUUAUUUUUUUAUUUACAAAGUUAUAUAAUAAAUGAUUUAUAAGUUGUUAUGUAUUUAUGAUUUUAAUAUGUAUAUUUUGAAAUAAAUGACGUGUUAAUGUAAA